AUGGAAUCGCCACCGAGGCACGGGAGGCACGGCGGCGGCGCCUUUCCCGCCGUUCGGCCCAUCGAUAUCGGAGAAGAGACAUACCAACAUCAGCCUCUGGACGACGAGGUCCAACAGAUACGGCUCCUUCGAUAUCUAGGAGAUACGUUUUCACCACAAGGCUGGCCGAUUCUGAGCUUCGCGGUGGAGACUACGUCCCUCCUCGCCGAGCCUGUACGUCCUUACUAUGCCAUCUCAUACGCCUGGGGAGAGCCCGAUCAAUGGGCCGUUAUAGCUCUCGACGGGAUCCCGGUCAAGGUACCCAGGACUGCCGACGAGGCGCUACGGGGUGUUUUGAUGGGCCAUCACAACGCUGCAUGCUUGAAAGCAGACUAUCCCUUCUGGAUCGAUGCCAUCUGUAUUCAGCAACAUCAUUUGCCGGAGAAGGCGAAGCAGGUUGCUAUGAUGAGAUAUAUCUACCCACUCGCCGAGGCCGUCUUGGUUUGGCUUGGGGCAGAUGACGGCGCGACGGCAGCGGGCUUUGAAACAGCCACGCUUUUGGCGAAAGAUUACAGCGAAUGUGUGAAGCAAAGAGAAGCCAGUAAUAAUUUCUCUGAAUAUUUCGAUGAUUGUCCGCCCCCAGAAGGUGCCGAUUGGACCGCGUUCGAUACGCUUCUGAGAUCCAGAUGGUUCACCCGCUUGUGGAUCCUCCAAGAAGUGGUCUACGCCAAAAGUGUGAAGUGCUUUCGCGGUCGCCAUUUCCUACCCUGGGGCGUCCUGUCCGAGGCCGUUGGCUGGGCGUAUAGACAAAGCUUCCAUCUUUAUCUUCGGAGCUUUUCUACCUAUACUAGCGACUACGGACAGAUUGGCUUGAUGUUCGUCGACUUGCUGUUCGAUAUGUCUGACCGUACUCUGAACCAUGACACCUUCGAUGAACUUCUGGUCCUGAACUUUGGAUUUCGCACCAGCAAUGCCUUCGACAGGAUCUAUUCUCUCCUGGGUCUGCGCGGCUACCGGCUUGCCGCUGACUUGCAUCCCGAGGAGCGAAUCGUGCCGGAUUAUGAGAAGAGCCUGGCUGACGUGUACGCUCAGGCGAUGUACCUGGGGAUAAUAAGCUCGCAAAGCCUCCGACAUCUGUCUUUCGUGCCCGUCAGGCGAUCGCGUGCGUCCUCUUGGCCGUCGUGGGUGCCGCAGUUCAAUCAAUUGGAUUUGGAUGACUGGAGUCUGCUUGUGGCGAAGCGGUACACAGGAACUCGCUAUAUGGCAUGCAGUGAUGUGCCGAUGACUGCCCGUCGCUCUGCUGACGGAAAAUUGCUGAUCGUAAAAGGUGUGCGUAUUGGCGAGAUUGCCAGCGUGUUCUGUCUCUCGCCGAUCAAAGAUGGAAUGCCUUAUGCUGAGGACACCAUAGCAGCACUGUAUCGAGGUCUCGCCAAAGCCUGGUUCUUGGAACCACUGACGGCAGAAGUGCGAAAACAAGCUAAGGAGGAGUUGGAGACGCUAGCAGCGAUCAUAAAAGGUCCUCGGAGCUGGAAGAUGCAGAUGUUUGAAUAUGAACUUGUCGUGAGAGACUUCGCAUCAUUCGUGUUCGACGUUGUGGCACAUUGCCCUGAGCUCAGCGGCAGCGAGGAGGCGAAGCGUCUGCUGGCAGAUGCCGGCGCCCACGACGGCAAUAGUCUGCAUUUCGUAUGGUGGUUGGAGAGUAUGAUCUGCUGA